AUGCUGUUCCAAGCUGCCAUUGUAGGUAUUCAUCUCAUAUGCACAGCUGCGUCUGUAGUGGCUCGUGCAGAGGGAAAAUCACCAUGUUCUGGCAACACGCCCGCGAAUCGAUCGUCAUGGUGCGAAUACUCCAUAGAGUCUGACUACAAGAGCCUGGUUCCAGACACAGGUGUCACUAGGGAGUACUGGCUCGAUAUCGUGGACAUAAUUGCUUCACCAGAUGGUGUACCAAGGCCCGCAAUGGUAGCUGCCAAUGGUACUAUUCCUGGGCCAACGCUCUUUGCCGACUGGGGAGACACCGUCGUCGUUCAUGUCAGAAACUCGCUCUAUACUUCGAAAAAUGGCACAAGCAUACACUUUCACGGUAUUCGCCAGCUCUUCAACAACCAAAACGAUGGUGUCGUGUCCAUGACACAGUGCCCUACGCCGGUGAAUCAGACGACGACGUAUACUUGGAGGGCCAUGCAGUAUGGAUCGACUUGGUACCAUUCUCACUUUGGGUUGCAGGCCUGGGAGGGCGUCUUUGGUGGCAUUGUCAUCAAUGGACCUGCGACUGCGAAUUACGACGUCGACCUUGGUCCUCUAUUUCUGAACGACUGGUCCCACGAGACGGCGUAUGCGCGUUCUAUCUAUCAUAAAAGUUACCUUCUCCCUCAGCUUCUGGAAACAGGCUUGAUCAAUGGCACCAACACGUUUGGCGACGGCGGUCAACGACUCAAGAUUCGCUUCGAAGCCGGGAAGACGUACCGGUUGCGCUUGGUGAAUGCCGCACUCAUCUCGCACUUUAAAUUCACGAUUGACAAUCACGAAAUGACAGUCAUUGCGCACGACCUCGUUCCCGUGGAGCCAUACAAGGUCAAUGUCCUGGACAUCACCAUGGGUCAACGAUACGAUAUUCUGGUCACGGCGAAUCAAGCGACCACAGCCAAGCAGUUCUGGAUGCGCUCCAUACCUCUCGGGCUAUGCGGUGAUCCGAACGCGAGGGCCGAUGACAUUCGAGCUGUCGUGCAAUACGAUGAUAGCUCCAGUGACCCGUCUACAAGGUCGUACCCAAUCUCCCAGCUAUGCGGCGACCUGAGUACACGUGGUACACCGCGUGUCAAGGAAGACGUCGAGCAGCCAGAUAUCAAAGUCACAGAGACGACCAGCUUCAACAAAGUAGACGGAUUUUGGUACUGGACGCUCAAAGCGGCGCCAAUGCUGAUUGAGUGGAACGACCCAACUCUCAGCAAACUGCUACGCCAUGAGACCGAUUUCCAGAAGAAUGAUUCUGUGAUUGAGCUACCGCAGGCCAACAAGACGUUUUACUUGGUGAUCCAGAACCCUCUUUUUGUGGCCCACCCGAUUCACCUGCAUGGGCACGACUUUUUCGUGCUUGGUCAAGGGGUCGGGCCGUUCAUAUCGGGUAUUUCGCCUCUGAAGACGAAGAAUCCUCCCAGAAGAGACACGGCUCUCCUGCUAGGCUCCGGGUAUCUUGUGAUUGGUUUUGUGACGGAUAACCCCGGUGUCUGGCUCAUGCAUUGCCACAUUGGAUACCACGUCGAGACGGGGUUCUCGCUACAGGUCGUGGAGCGCGCCGACGAAAUACCGGCGAUUAUUGACGCAGAGAAGCUGAGUACAGAGUGUGCGGCUUGGUCGUCAUUCCAGGAAGAGAAUAAGAUUAUUCAAGACGAUUCUGGUGUCUAA